AUGGUUCAGUGCAUUGUUCUAACCAAAAGAUCAGUCAUCAACAUGUUUCGUGAUAUUGGAUACUACUGGAUGCGACUGUUUGUUUAUAUCGCAAUAGCUUUGGCUCUUGGCACCAUCAUUUACCAUGUUACUGAUCCUAGUCCCUCUUCGGUUCAGGCAACUGGGUCGAUCCUAAUUUUCGUGUCCUCUUUCCUAACUUUCAUGGCCAUUGGUGGAUUCCAUUUAUUUGUGGAGGAAAUGAAGGUGUUUCAACGAGAAAGACUGAACGACCAUUAUGAUCCGAGCGCAUUUGCUGUCAGAAACCUGUUAUCUGCAUUUCCAUUCCUGCUGCUGAUAUCACUAAUUCUAGGGGCCAUUGCGUAUUUUCUUACCGGAUUUCAAAAAGGACUUGAUCCUGGGAAAGUGAUUGACCAUUUCUUCUACUUUGUUGCCGUUCUUUUCGCGUGUAUGAUGUUGGUGGAGAGCCUAAUGAUGGUGAUUGCAAGUUUAGUACCUAAUUUCCUCAUGGGAAUCAUACUGGGUUCUGGAUUCAAGGCCUGA